GGAAUGGCAGUUAAGGAGGCUUUUCGGGAAUAAUGGCGGUAUAAAAGCGAAGCUCAAAUGUGGAUAAUUCGUGAGUACUUAUUUCGAAGUGUUUCAAUCCACACGAAAGGCGCGAACGAUAUUUCUGUGCGGUGACAAACUAGUGGAAUAUGGGCUAAAGUUUGCGCCAUAACUUCAGUAAAAUGAGUUCACUUUUGCACGGAGCCCAUGGUGUUCCGAUCACGAAAGAAAUAGCUGUUGAGCUUCGACAGCUGGUUUUUGGAACAGCAGCCGCACCGCCCAGAGGUGAAUGGACCCGCACUGGCCUCACCUUCAACUCUCCCAACCAAGAUUUGGCCUAUGGACUUCGCAAUCAACGCAAUGGGACCAGAGGAUUGUACACAGUUAUUCAGGGAUUCAUCAUUAAAUACUUGCUAUUCGAAAGACGCGUCCAUGGCAAAAGGCCUAACGCAGAAGAGUUGCUCCGACCAAAUGCGCAGCAGCAGACUGAAGCACUCCUUGCAACAAUGGUCGAAAUCCUGAUGAUUAUCGCGGAGAAGUCCAAAGUAACUAUCGUCUUACCUGGUAAUGAAGCCUAUAUCCCACAUAGUAUCAGUUAUUUCCAAGAUUCAGUGACGGAGAAGCUCCAUCUAUAUGAGAUGAAAAAACCAGAUGAAAUCCUUGCUUUUCUACGCAGGAACAUAUCACAUUUUACAGAAGAUCCCGGACCAGGCGCGCUCUUAUUUCUUUAUAGUGCUGUCUUCACGCGCACCCUAGCUAAAGUUCGCACAGACCUGGAUGGUUCCAAAGGGUCAUAUUUAGUUGGACCACUUGAGGAAGGCUCGCUUAACAUAGUCACGUUGCUCUUGACGGGGCGGGCGACUCCUUACCUACAUAAUGGCGUUGUCUACGCUGGAGACGAGCAGAAUUACGCAGCGCCUCAAUACGGUGUGCUCAACAGAAGUGCCUUGGGAUUACUUUUGUGGGAAGGCGAUAAGCGUAGUUAUUCUGGACGACAACCAGGCUCACGCUUGAAGACACCAUCGCUACCUAUAUGGGUCACGCUCUGCGGAACCCACUACGGCAUAGUAUUCAACACCAACUCAGAUCUUCUACGCAAUUACCAUGCUGAAAGUCGAUUUGAUCUUCAUUACUACAACUGCUCUGGAUGUCAUGUCCUAGUAACUGUCGAUAACCGACAUCAACAUGAGAACGCUUCGUUCAUGCUCCAACGGAAAACUGUCUCAUCGCAGAAUCGAGACCAUCCGUUGCAGCAACGGGACGAUACAGGGUCGACACCUUUAGAGCGAUUAAUUCACACUAAAUGGGAAGACGCUAGUAUCAAAUGCCAAUCGCAGCCGAUCACAUUAAGUUAUUUAUUUAAUGCGACCAGCUGAAUGGCAUUCGUACUGAGAUAAGCGGUUUCCGCCUGUAGAAUUUGCACUGCAUUAAAAAUUAGCAGAAAUACAAAUCCAAUGAUUCCUUCUAGGCAUAUCCAGAAAAUAUGUAUAAUCAUAAUAUAGCAUGGAACCCUGCCUAUGUAAAAGAAAA